AUGCUCGCUAUUUCAUCUCGCAAUUCUGAAGCUGCCGUAUUGAAUCUGUUGGAAAAAACCGGUUCCAAGCUAUUGCUAGCUAAUAUCAAGUAUGAACGCUUUGCAAAAUCUGUCAUAGGAAACAUUUCCGACAUCGAUCUAGUUGCUAUUUCAGCUUUUGAUGUCGAUGCCCUCUCCAAAGAGCCAUUGACAGCCGGGCACGAGCAAAUUUUAAAUAUGGAAUUUACUGAUCAAGACACUUUGAAGCCUGCUCUGAUUGUCCACAGCUCUGGCUCAACUGCCUUUCCCAAGCCCAUCAGCCUUAGUAGCCGUUAUUUGUUCUACGUGAUUAACAAUUUAGAAGUGCCAUUGACCGAUAGUAAAUUGGAGAGGCUGACUGACAAAGAUGUGAUGCUUGCUUUGACGCCUUUUGUUCACGUAUUUGGGAUAUUGGGUUUCUUUUCUGUAACUAUACACGGCGGAAGUGCCGUUAUGUUCGAGCAGCUUCCUGUCCCUCAAAAAGAGAUUGUAGACGCCUUAUUAGCAUGUAAUGUAACCCUGCUAGCAGCCCCUCCUCUGGUUUACGAGCAAAUGGCGGACCAUUUCAAGGAGACAAACUUGUGUGCUGCUGAACGAAUCAAGUAUGCCGUUGUCGGUGGCGCGUCGUUUAAGCAAGAGAUUCUUGAUUGGUAUCAUUCUCAGCAAGUUAACCUGUGUGUCUUAUACGGAACAACUGAGGCUUGCGUGGUCAUGACCUCUAACUUGGACCCAGAUUGCAAGAACCGGAAUUCUCUUCAUUUUAUUCACAAAGAUACUGAAGGGCACGUUUAUGGCACAUUUGAAACAAAUGACGAAAGCGAGCCCCACAUCAAGCAUCUGUAUAUGCAUGCCGAUAGUCCUACUUUGGCCAGCCAUGUCGCUAAUCGACCCGAGGGUGGGUACGAUACGCAAGACUUGUUCAUUGAACACCUUGACUUCUCUGGCACAUAUACAUACUUUGGGCGCCGCGAUGACAUUUUGAUUAUGGAAAACGGCGAAAAGACGAACCCGGUUCCUAUGGAAGCUGCUAUCCGUCAGCAUCCCAUGGUUCAGCAAGUAACCGUUAUAGGUCAUGGGCGCCAGUGCACUGCUACUCUGAUCCUACUGAACAAGGAGCAUGCAGAAUGCUUUGAUCCAGAGGAAAUCAUUGCUGCUGUACACGCUGCUGUCAACAAGGCCAAUCUUGAAUGUCCUGGUCAUAGUAAAAUUUUCCCUCAAAUGGUCAAGAUCUUGCCUUUUAAUCAGACUUUGCCCACCACUGAUAAGGGCACUGUCAUGCGCAAGAAGGCUGAAUCUGCAUACCAAGAUGUUGUCAAGAGGCUCUACAAGGAGUUCUUGGAAGGUACCUCAUCUGGUACAAAGACCAACAGUGGUUAUGACACGUCUGCUUGGACUCCUGAACAAACUGAAGACUUUUUGGUCACUUGUGCUUCCGAAGUUCUGGAUGUGCCUGAAACUGCCUUCAAGGAUCGCGCUCGGUCUAUCUUUGAGCUUGGCCUCAACUCGCUCGCUGCUAUUCAGCUACGCAACCGUAUUGCUGAAUACUUUGACAGCAUUCCGCAGAACUUUUUGUACCAGCACUCAACCAUUGUCUCCAUGCGCCAAGCUCUCUUGAGUGGUCAACAACAAGAUCCCUCCGAGUAA